UGUAGCAGCAAAAAAGGGGUGGAAGCCGUGGCCUGGAACUGAACCUGAGGUAAUAACACGGCCUUCGUAGCAGCUCAGUUCUUUUACAGGAAAAUCUAGAAGAUGCCUCUGAAUUUCUAAGAUGAACAAUGUGUGGAGUUACUUCAGCUGAAACCCCCUUUCUUACUGCUGAAAACUUUAAGAGCUAUCUGGCCUCAGAUGACGUACUGGUUUACUAUUUCAAUGAGUUCUUAAGUCUGCCGUCUUUCUCAGAAGCUUUGGUGUACAACCAGCAAUCUGGACUUUUUGAGGUGGCGACUGAAAAAGCUGACAUUGUCGCCAAACAGAUCAGAGCUACACUGAAACAAUAUAAAUCAUUACUGCUUUCUGAUGACCUAGAAACAUUUUCCAAAAUGCCACCUGUACCGGACAUCUGUUUCACUGUCACUUGCCUCAGCAGAGAGGAAGGAACUCGGUGGAUUACGGAGAAAAGACUACCUUUCUUCCUGCAGAGUGACUUCUAUCAUGAGUAUAGACUUGCCAAGCUGCUGUUUCAGUGGAAGCCAACCUUUUGGAGCCUUGACUGGAAAAACUGGUCAGAUGAAAAAGACAUUAGCAGUUAUGCAAUCUCAGAAUUGCUUGAUUACUCUUCUUCUGAAGAAGAUUCUUCAGAUUCUCUGGAGAGUAUAUCACCAGAACCAGCAGUUGAAUGUGAGCAAACUCAAAAACUCCACAGCUCAUCUGACCUGUCAGCGGGUCCGUCAGACAACCUGACUGCUGAAGAACAGCCAGCGUACUUUGCUAGUAAAGUGGUUGGAGGCCAGCCAGACCUCUCCAGGACAGAUGACCAACACGAAGCAAAGAAAGAGAAAACAAAACUGGCGAGGAAGAACUCAACACCAUUAAACAGCGCAAAGGAUAGUAGAAAUAAGCCAGCAGAGGUUAAGAAGAGUCCUAUUUUGUGCUGGCAAGCCUCCAGUGCUGAUGAGAAUAGGCCAGGCUUGGAUGAGUUCAAAGAGUUUUUGCGAGGAACGUCAGGAGAGAAGCUUCUAAAUCUGUGGAUGGAUGUUCAGACACUGAUAGCGUUGCAGACGGAAGAACGAAAAAAAAGAUAUUUAGUUCUGUUGAGGAACUGCUACCUGAGGAGCAGCAGUCCUUGUUGUUUGAAUGGGGAGCUGCUUGCAAGGUUGGGGCUGACUAACUCCCCCUGCUGGACAGAGGAGAAACUGUUCUCGGUUCAGGAACUACUAACUGAGCCUCUACUCAGCUACUGGUUACCUCGGUACUGGAUGAAGACGUGUUGCAGACAGCCUGGCAGUCACUCUGAAGAGUAUCUGUCCCCAUUCCAUCAUUCUGCUAUGACUCAGAUGUCUGCCAAAUGUGAGACACCAUUUGGAAGAAGAGUGAAACCGAUGAUGACGUCUCUGUUUAUUGAGUUCCGGACUGGGCUGUACUUCACACACUACUGUGAACAAUCUGGAAACAAGGUCCUUUAUUCCACAUAUAUCUCCAGCUUUGCAAGGAGGAGCAUUAAUGUUAAGACUGAAAUCAGAAGAGAGGUGUACAACAAACUGCAGCCUGCUUUUGAGGAGCUGUUUGAUAGGGUGGAGGAACAUGUGCUGGACAUCCUUCUGGAGCCGUGGACACAGCUGAACCAGAGGGACAAAGAGUCAUUUCAGCAGGUGCCUGUGCACGAGGAGCAGCGGUGCUUCUUCAAUACAGAGUACAGAGAACUCCUGAGGCUCUGCAAGGAAUCAAAGGAGCACCAGAAACGGAUCAGCAAGCAACAACAGCAGAGGUCCAUGAAUCUUCCUAUAUCUAUCGAGCCAUUCCCUUCAAAGAGAAUUCGAAACGCUGGUCUGUGGUCCAAAGUGGCUGCAGUUUUCCGUGGUUAUCGUCUAUUGACCUUACUUCGUCAGCCUCAAGAGAUUGGACAUUUCAUGACUUCCUUGAAGGAAAAUGAUGCCAGCAUUCAUCUGAGCUGUUGGUUGGACCUAGAGCGGUACAAGACGAUUUCUAAGACAGACGAGAGCAUCAGACAGGAGAAGUCAACUAUGAUUGUUAAAAAGUACCUGAACGAAGGCUACUUCUUUGGUCCUGGCAGCCCUGCCACAGAAAAACAACAGAAAGAUAUUCUAGUUAAGGCAGGUGGAGAGGAGAAGCUGCAGUCAGAAACCCUCUCAAACAGAGUUGCGAUUGCAAUCCAGGAAAUAAUCCAACCUUACCUUGAAGAAACAUGGAUGCCUGUGUUCCUCUCCUCAAAAGAGUUUGUUGAGCGACACAAAGAAAGGGAAAAGGAAAAGAUUAAAUCAGACGAUAGAGCCGCACAGCUGAACCGGAUCAAAGCAAGGAAGGCUUCACAGAUGAGUACCUCCAGAGAUAUCCUUCUGUUUCGGAGAGCUCUUCUCAACCCGUCCACCUGCAAGCAGUUCCAGGACUAUGUCUCUGUGAAAGGAGAGUUACUGGAAAAUGACGUGCGCUUCUGGGUGGAGGUGCAGAGAUAUAAGGACCUCUGCCAUUCGCACAGCAGUAUGGUCAUAAUCCAGCAUAAAAUCUCCACAAUCAUCAACUGUUUCAUCAACUCUUCCAUCCCACCAUCUGUGCAGAUCAACAUUUCUCAUGAUCAGGCUCGGCGUAUUCUGGAAAGGCGCCGUGAGCUCGGCCCUUAUAUCUUCAGAGAGGCACAGAUAGCUGUGUUCAGUGAACUGCUGAAGCUUUGGCCCAAGUUUCAAGUGCUCAGCAGGAAUCUCUCCAAAGCAAAGCUCAUUCCCCUGCUGCAGGAAAAGAGAGCCAAACACAGGGCCAAAAUACGGAAACAGAGACGACUGGAGGAGGAGGAAAGUGAAAGAAAAUUACAGUUGUUACAGGAGGAACGGGAGAAACAAGAGUCCUGUGUUAGUUCGGAGAAGGAUGAGCGUGACAGUAAUAACGAGUCGGAACAAAAAGACGUAUCUAAAAUGCCUCGGAGGUCACACAGCAGCUUCAGCAUCCAACGUACCAUGAGCCUCCAACUCGACUCCCAGAUCUUCCAAAGACCCCAAAGCUCAUUGAUGAUUCACGCAGAACCACUGCUGUGGUCAUACUCCAAGUACAUGGAAGAUCAGCAGAAGGAGCGGGAGGAUGUGCUGAGUUCGCUUGAGAAUUCUGCCUCCACAGAUUCAGACUCCAGUAUCCUGUCAGUAAACAGUAAGGAAGGCUCCCAGGUGCCAUCAAUUGCCUCCACUAGGAGGUUCACCAAAAUGAACAGAAGGGUGAAAACAUGUCCCAACCCUGGGCCCAGGAGGAGCAUCCCUGCUAUCUGAGCAGGAGUGAAGGCUGAGAGAGUAACUGAUACAUUGAUUAUAAGAAGUUGAAGACGUAUGAUAUUAGAAUAUUUCUUAUUCAGGCCUAAGCCUUAUGGGGCCUGCUGAUUGUGAAAGUAGUGAUGCCCACGGUUUCAAUACCUUUUUAGCUGCACUAAAAAUAAAAGAAUACUUCAUGUGA